AAAUGGUGAGGGAUCAUGGCGGCGACCGAGGAGCGGAUCCCGGAGGACAGAGGAGAAGAAGAAGAGGAAGAAGAAGAGGAAGCAGAGCAGUUGGUUCUGGUGGAGUUGUCGGGCAUUAUUGAUUCAGAGUUUCUAUCAAAAUGUGAAAAUAAAUGCAAGAUUUUGGGAAUUGACACUGAGAGGCCCAUUCUGCAAGUGGACAGCUAUGUCUUUGCUGGAGAGUAUGAAGACACUCUUGGGACCUGUGUUAUAUUUGAAGAAAAUGUUGAGCAAGGUGAUACAGAAGGCAGUGAUAAAACAGUGCUGAAAUAUAAAUGCCAUACAAUGAAGAAACUCAGCAUGACAAGAACUCUUUUGACAGAAAAGAAGGAAGGAGAAGAAAACAUAGGUGGUGUGGAAUGGCUGCAAAUCAAGGACAAUGAGUUCUCCUAUAGACCCAACAUGAUUUGUAGCUUUCUGCAUGAAAAUGAAGAUGACGACGUAACUCCAGCCUCAGAUAAAUCUUUGGAGUUGGAAGACCAAGAGAUUCCAACGAAAAAUAAUUCAAACCUGAGUUAUGAACAAGAGAAAUCACUGAACUUGGAAGUAGAGAAUUCUGGUCCUCUAAUUGAUAUCCCUUCUUCUGAGACAGAAGGUUAUGUUUUUAUGGAAACUCAAGAUACUGUCUAGGAAAUCACUCCUAGAUGAAAUGUUUCUCAUUAUAACUAAUAAUGAACUUUUUGGAAUUUUUAUAUAAAAUAAUUGUGUAGCUUUCAGUUCACUCUAUUACUGGUUUUGUUGACUAUACGUGCAUUUCUGAUUAUAGCACAGUUUCAUAUACUAGAGUUGUUAAGGACCAGAUAUGAAUUGAAUUUUUAAAAAUCUGGUAUAAAUGACUAUAGGGACCCUUCUUUAAAUUUCUUUAAAUUGGAAGUUUUAUUAAGGUAAGUAUAUAAGUUUUUUUUAUUGCAUCCGUCACAAAUUACUACAAAUUUAGUGGCUUAAAAUGAUACAAAUGUAUUAUUAUAUAGUUUUGUAAAUCAGCUAUCUGACACGGGCUGGGCUAAAAUCAAGAUGUUGGCAGGACUUCAUUCCUUUCUGAAGGUUGAGGGAUAGGGGAGGCUGUUUCCUUGUUCAUUUAGUUGUUGGCAGAUUUCAACUCUUUGCCAUUGAUGGAUCAGUGUCCCAUUUUCUUGCUGUCAUCUGAGGGCCAUUUCCAGCUUCUAGAGGCUGCCUGCAUUCUUUGGCUUAGGGUCCUCUUCUCUUUAAAGCUGGUAAAUCUCUUGCUUCUUUUGCUUCAUCCUAUCUCUGACCCACCUUGCUAAUUACCUGACCCAGUAUCUGUUCUUUCCCUAAUUCUAAUCCGAGAAUUAUUAGUGUGUAUUCAUAUAUGUUAUCCAUAGCAUAUCCAUAUAUGUGUAAAUAUGUGGCCGUAUGACUAAGUUCUGGCCAGUGAUACGGAAUUAUAAGUGUUGAGUGAUGGAUGCUUCUGGAAAGUUUCCUUAAACUUUAAGGCAUAAAGAGAGAUGGGCCAGUUCAACUUCUCUUUUUUUUUCUGCUGGAACAAGGUGGCUAGAGCUUCAGCAGGCUUUUUGGACUGUAAAGAAACUUUGGAAAUAGAAGCCAUGAGUGGCAGAGCAACAAGAUAGAAGUUUGGAUCCUGAUGUGAUGCUGCCCUGGACUGCUAGGAAUAAAGAUUAAUAACUCUUUUCUUUUUUCCCCA